AUGAAGCAGCUUAUCAAAGACGGGUUGACAACUUUCGACUGGCAUCUCAGUGGUCACUUCUGGAAUAGACUGGACAACCUUUUUACAGUAUGUGGAGCUAGAAGACCAAACAAACAAACAAAGAAAGGACAUGAAAGUGGAAUUGAUCUACAAAAGGGAGAAUUAAGCUUCUGCAGAUUCCUAUCAAAAGUUAUGGGACGGUUUGGAGAAGACAUCGAAUUAGAAAGAGCAGCCCUACAUCUGGUCCUGCUACAUCUUAAACGUAGAUGUAGACGCAGGGCGACACCUAACGGAACACAAUACAGAUAUUCUGUUGACUGGCCAAAGGAAGAUGACACGUUGAUCGUUGAGUUCCUUCGUGGCAUGGUAAACUGUGAAAUGGACGUGGAUCGGCAAACAAUAUCGGAUGCCAGCCGACAUGGACUUAUGCCGUACGGAAACGCCACCAAGCCUCUCAGCAUGCUGUUUAGAAUCAACCUGUCUAACAGAGGACAUGGACGUACAUAUACACAUGACACUGAGGUCACGAUUGGCAGACACUGGUUGUGCAAUGUGAUGAUCAAAGUACCGAUCACCCUGUUGUCCUGUCGACCUACGUUCCUCAUCACUCGCAGUGGUAACCCUGGUGACUGGUGCCAAUAUACAGCCAGUCAUGCCAUUAAAAAAGAAGGGGAGGUAUAUUUGUCCGCUACCAUCUCGUGUUGCCCACAGUACGUUUUGGCUGUAACAUCUGACCGUUGGCCUGGCAUUCCACCUGCCAUCCAACAGGAGAAUGCCAUAGAAUACGUCCUCACUAAAAAGGGAGAUGUCUUCUACCUUCCUGGACUGUGCAAGAAAAUAGUAUUUAUGUUUCCAGAGGACUGUGUCACGAUAGAUACGAAAAUCACGAUAUUGCUGGAGCCUGGAAAGACAUUUCCCAUGGUACAUGUCUUGGCUACUCGCGACGUGUCAGGACCAAUCACAGUUCAGUUCAAGAGAAAAAGGCACUACCAAUCCCAAACUGGCGAUGUCCCGGAAAUUCAGCUUCUAACAAAGGAAGGAGAUCUGGAAUGGAAGGCAGGAAAUCCAGGGGCACAGACCUAUCUAAGUGACUUGAGCAUUCAGAUAAAUUGUCUUCGGAAAGGUGUAAAGACAUCCAUCACUGCCUGUAAGUCCAACUACGUCUUCAACAUGAGAAGAGAAUCCCUGUCGGCGAGUACAGAAAAAAAUCCCUACGCAGCAUUGGCGUAACGUCGGUUGCAAACUUGGAUUUUCACAACAGAGACUGACGCAAAUCGAAAAGAAGAAACAUAGGUCACAGGAGACAAAGACUUGCAUUGUUUUCCAGGAAAUACGCGAGACCUGGA